CUAUUCAACGGUAAUACAUACAGUUCUAGAAGAUUGAGACUAGAAUACAAAUACGUCGGCAAGUAUAGUAACCAUCAGAAUAAGCAUUCAAGAGCCGAGCGAAACACAGUGCGCUUAGGAUUAUUGACUGUACGUAACACAUUGUAUCACUGCUAACUAUGUCGAUGUUUAGUGUUAUACUGCUGAUCGUUUGUUCGAUUGCAGUAUCGAUGGCAGGAAUAGCGGUGGAACCAAACGCGACUCACCCAGAUCACCCGGGAAAAUGUUAUCACAGCGAUUCAAAAGCAAUUUUAGUACCUGGCGAAACCAAAUCUAUUCCUGGAGCAUGUAUGACGAUGUCCUGUCAUGAAGAUUUUUUUUUAAAUUACGAGAGCUGCAUAAGUUAUUCCAUAAGCGAUCCAAAUUGUGAGAAAGUUGAACAAGAUUUAAGCAAAAGUUAUCCGGAAUGCUGCAAAAAGUACAGAUGUAAAGUCGACGGAAAAGUUACAUACGUAUAACUCGUGGAAAUAAUAAACGAUGGAAUUACUUAAUACAUCAAACCCGUUACAGAAUAAAUUGAAACCUCUUAUAUCUCUAUACAUAGAGCUAUAAGAGCAGAUUCACGCAUACGA